AGGGCCCGUCCGGGCAUUCGAGAUGCAUUCAGUCGCUGGUUCCCCACUCGAAAGCAACUAAAUUUACUUUAUCAUUUUACUUCACUUCUCUCCCCCACACACACAAAACUCGUGGCUAUGAACUCCUUCUCAGUGUUCUUAGUGUUCGCCCUAGCUGCGCUGGCCGCUGCGGAGCCCCCAUCGGGCUACAACUAUCCCCGUGGAGGCGGUGGCGGUGGCGGCGGCUCCUCGUUUGGCGGUUCCUCAUUUGGCGGCGGCGGCUCCUCUUUUGGCGGCGGCGGCGGUGGUGGCGGCGGCGGCUUCCAGGCCGUCAGCGGUGGCUUCCAGACAUCCGAGGGCCAGAAUGUUGAUCCCGCGCUGUUGGAGCAGGUUCGCCAGAUCCUGCUGAAUGAGGAGAGCAAGCAGGGAGGCGGCGGUGGAGGUGGUGGAGGUGGUGGUGGUGGCGGUGGCUACCCAAGCGGUCCGUCGAGCAGCUACGGAGCUCCUCCCUCGAGCAGCUACGGUGCGCCCGGCGGAGGCGGUGGUGGUGGUCGUGUGGUCGGCAUCGAUCUUGAAGGCGUCCGUCAGGCCAUCCAGGUUGCCCAGUUCGCCCAGCAGAGCACCCAGCAGGGCGGCGGCGGUGGUGGUGGCGGUGGUUACCCAAGCGGCCCCCCAUCCGGAUCAUAUGGCGCACCCUCGAGGCCCGGCGGCAGCUAUGGCGCGCCCUUCUAAAUCCAGAGGACUCUCAGAUCAAAAAUCAAAUUGCGCUGCCAAAAAUGAAUACCGACGGAAUGGACGACAUUUAACCGACUACGACGACGAUACCGCAACCAAUCCCGACACGACACCAACCAGCAUCAAACAACAACAUGAACAGCAAUUGGAAUCAACAUGAUACUCGUAUGUGGGUAUCCUGGAACCUGGAACACAUAGUUCGACUAGUGAUGUGGAGGAUCCCGAUCCAAGUAUCUAACCCCCAACCCUCAGCGACUGUAAUUCUCUAGCCCUGUCUCUCCUACCCCAUCCAAAAUCCGAUUUCGGAUCGAACCAACCCUCAAUGAAACUUCGACUCGAAACGGUUUCGUUUUCACCUUUCUUUUUGGAACCUUUGUAAAUAGUUUUCUCACUACACAAAAAACACACAAAAAAAAAACUCAAGAAAAAAGCUGAAAACGAACAUGAAAACAACAACAACCAUUACAACACCAUCAACACCCCAGACAGUGUUAUAACGCAUUAUUAGUUUGUAAGUGUUUUUAUUUUAUAUGAAACAAACAAAGAAACAACAAAAAAAGUAUGAAAA